UUUUGUUAACUUUCCAAAGUAAUUUUCAUCCAUUCAGCAUUAAUUUCCCGUUGCCUCACUAACUGGGUAUAUAUAUUUGUCAUGUCUUAUUAGCCAUAUUCUUUUGUACCGACACUCCUUUUCCCUCUCUUUAUAUUUUGUUUUAAAGAGAGGGCUAAAAAAGAAAAGGGUUAGUGUUGUACAUUCUUGUAGCAGCUUAGAAUUGAUGAAGGAAGGUGGUGGUAGAAAGCAAGGUGCAGCCUCACCUUGUGCUGCAUGCAAGCUUCUGAGGAGAAGGUGUGCUCAGGAUUGUGUUUUUGCUCCAUAUUUCCCAGCAGAUGAACCCCAAAAGUUUGCAAACGUGCACAAGGUGUUUGGUGCUAGCAAUGUCAACAAGAUGCUUCAGGACCUACCAAUGCAUCAACGAGGGGAUGCAGUGAGUAGCAUGGUGUAUGAGGCCAAUGCCAGAGUCCGAGACCCUGUUUACGGGUGCGUUGGGGCCAUCUCUUCACUUCAGCAACAGAUUGAUGUGCUACAGACGCAAUUGGCCCUGGCCCAGGCUGAGGUGGCCCAUCUUCGGGCGAGACAAAACAGAUGCUUUUCCCAUCAUGGGCUUAGGCCAACUAGCCCAACCACUAGUGGUUUUCCAUCAUCCAAGACCUUGGACUCACAUGCUAAGCCUAUUUUUGACAUAGACAUGGUGGACCAGGUUCGCUAUGGUGCUUCAAUGUGGUCAUGACUCUUUGUUUUUUUUAUUACUUUUUUUUUUUAUUAAUGUCAUGACUUAUAUGCUAAUACAAUUAUUUGUACUCUAGUUAGUAUAUCUAUUAGUGGAGCAUAGGAAGAAAAAAAAAAAGCAAUUUGGCCUACACUUCCACUUGGUGAGUGUUGGAGCGGUGCUGCCGGCAGUGGCCGGGGUACUGUGGUGGUGGAGGAGCUGUGGUGGAGGCGUUCGCCCGCUUAAUUAAUUUAAUUUUGGUUUUUGGGAAAGAGUUUCUCAUUGAAGGUUAGAUGUAAAUGUUAUUGUUACUUUGUAUGAAGGACAAGUUUAUGGCGUGAUAGUAUUUGGACUCUUUAUGGCAAAUGUGAAAGGGAGCCAUGGAUAUUCUGUUGUUGUGUUUAUUAGGAGUAUUAUGACUUGGCCUUUUCCAACAUCAUGGAUGAACCAAGUGGCUUUUACAUGGAUUUUGAUAGGCAAGGAUGCUUCUUUCUAUUGUUGGAAUAUUCAGUAUUGCAGUGGAUAACUUAAGUACUAUA